UCAAAGCAGCUGUACCUACUCUACGUGUUUUCAUCGAGUAUUUUUGUUUAAUUAUGUCCAUGUACAGUGGUUAACGAGUAAAUGUGAUAAAAUGUCUAGCCGCCGUUCUAUGCUCGGGUCGGCUUUGGAUUCUCUGCCGGCCCCAACGGAUCCUCUACGCGAAUUAUUCGAGGCUUGCAAAACUGGCGAUGCGAGUCGUGUAAAAAAGUUAGUGAAUUCGCAAACUGUGAAUGCAAGGGACACCGCUGGUCGUAAAUCUACACCCCUACACUUUGCUGCGGGGUAUGGUCGUCGCGAAGUCGUAGAGAUCCUAAUCGCCGGUGGGGCUGCGUUACAAGCGCGUGACGAAGGAGGCCUGCAACCGCUACACAAUGCGUGCUCCUUCGGUCACGCGGACGUGGUCAGGGCUCUGCUGGCGGCCGGGGCUCCGCCGGCGGCUAGAGAUAAUUGGGGAUACACGCCGUUGCAUGAAGCAGCCGCUAAGGGCAAGAUCGAUGUUUGCAUUGCACUAUUACAACACGGAGCCGACCCGAACAUACGAAACACGGAGGGCAAGACGCCGCUCGACCUAGCCGAUCCAGCUACCAGGCCUGUGUUGACAGGCGAGUACUGCGCAGCGGAUGUGCUAGAAGCGGCCCGCUCAGGCGCCGACGAACGGUUAGCGUGUCUCCUAACCCCCCUUAAUGUAAAUGUACACGCUAGUGAUGGAAGACGGUCCACAGCAUUGCAUUUAGCGGCCGGGUAUAAUAGAGCCAGGGCUGUGAGGUUAUUGUUGCAGAGGGGGGCCGAUGUGCACGCUAAGGAUAAGGGAGGCCUAGUGCCACUGCACAACGCAUGCUCUUACGGGCACUACGAAGUCACAGAGCUGUUAGUGCGUGCGGGCGCGGAUGUAAACGCGACAGAUCUGUGGGCGUUCACUCCGCUGCACGAGGCCGCUAGCAAGGCGCGGCUGGAGGUUUGCUCACUACUACUGAGUGAAGGUGCGGAUCCUACACUACUUAACUGCCAUGGAAAGUCAGCCCUCGAUGUAGCGCCUUCAAGAGAACUAAGAGAUAGACUCGCUUUCGAAUACAGAGGCCACUGUUUACUCGAAGCGUGUCGCUUGGCCGAACCUGCUAGAGUGAAGAAACAUCUGUCUACCCUCAAUCAAACACAGGAUCUAACACCAAUGCACAGCAACCAAUCAGUCGCGGGUUCGAUUCCCAACGAGAGGAUAACGGAAUUAGUCAAUUUUCAACACCUAGGCACCGGUGAUAGGCCGUUACAUUGUGCAGCCGCGAGUGUGUAUCCUAAACGGAAACAGGUAAUGGAGAUACUAAUCCGCAAAGGGGCCAGAGUGAACGAGAAAAACAACGCGGGACAGACGCCAUUACAUGUAGCUACAGAACAUUCGCAUUUGGAUGCUAUGGACUUACUUCUGCGACAUGGUGCAAAAGUAAACGCGUGUGACGGUCGCGGUGAAAGUGCUCUAUCAAGAGCCGCAAGACGAGACUCGGCUGCCGCGUGCCGGCUGCUGUUAGCGUGUGGAGCUGAUACUAUAGAUGCGCCUGCGCACGGUGAGACCGAUGCGUGUUCAAGCGCGGCAGCAGUACGACUGCUCGAAGCAGCUCGGACGGGAGACGUUGAAGCAGCCAGAGCACUGUUGGACGCGAGACCGAGAUUGGUCAACUGUAGGGAUCUAGAUGGAAGACAUUCUACGCCACUGCAUUUUGCUGCUGGGUACAACAGACUGCCUCUCGCACAACUUCUAUUACAAAGAGGUGCUGACGUUCACGCAAAGGAUAAAGGAGGUCUAGUACCCCUGCACAACGCGUGUUCCUACGGGCACUACGAAGUCACAGAGCUGCUAGUGUCUGCUGGUGCGGGCGUGAACGCGGCGGACUUGUGGCGGUUCACACCAUUGCAUGAGGCCGCUGCUAAGGGGAAGGCGGAUAUCGUUCGGUUGCUGUUGAAGCACGGCGCAGACCCCACCCGACGUAAUCGUGACGGUCUAACACCGUUACAAUUAGUUCGUGCGGGGGAUAGUGAUACAGCAGAUGCUUUGAGGGGAGACGCGGCGUUGUUGGACGCGGCUAAGAGAGGAGACCUUGCUAGGGCUAGGAAAUUAAUAACGCCACAAAAUGUGAAUUGUCGAGACGCACAUGGAAGGAAUUCGACACCACUACAUUUAGCAGCGGGCUACAACAACCUGGAGGUGGCGGAGGCGCUGCUGGAGGCGGGCGCGGCGGUGUCGGCGCGCGACAAGGGCGGGCUGGUGCCGCUGCACAACGCGGCCUCGUACGGGCACCUGGAGCUGGCCGCGCUGCUGCUGCGCGCCGGCACCCCGCCCAACGCCGCCGACCGCUGGGGCUUCACGCCGCUGCACGAGGCGGCGCACAAGGCGCGCACCCAGCUGUGCGCGCUGCUGCUAGCGCACGGCGCGGACCCGUUCCUCAAGAACCAAGAAGGGCAAACGGCCGUCGAACUGGCGGGGGCUGAGGACGUGCGGUCUCUGCUCUCGGACGCUAUGACGGGGGCCGCGGAGGGCGAAGCCCCGGCGACUGCGCCCCCAGCGUUGUUACCGCUGCCCCCGCCAAGAUUGCCCGUGUUGCUGCCGAGUGGGGAUACGGUGCCACUGCCGCUGCCGGUAAUGGCCAGCAACUACUGGUCGGAAGGUUCCCGCGGCAGUCUGGAGGACGCUGCAGGUAGACCGGCAUCAGCUCUAUCCACCUCGGAGUCGCUGCACACCUUCCUCACCAGUGUCGGUCUAGAACAACUAGCGCCAGUACUCGACCGGGAACAGAUAACAGUGGAUAUACUAUCAGAGAUGUCGCACGAAGAUCUCCGCGCUGUGGGCGUGGCCGCGUACGGGCAUAGACAUAGGCUGCUAAAAGCUGCGAGACAUAGUUUACAGUCACAUAAUGAAUGGUACGGUGGCACAACACUAGUAGACGUGACACCGUCAAGCGAAUGUUCGUCCACCGACAGCGAGUACUGCAUAGUGGAGCGCGAGAUGCAGGCCUCCGUGCGGGCGCACCGCGACAACGCGGGCGGCCACUUCACUAGAUACCACGUUGUGCGGAUACAAAAGAUAGUGAACGGCCGUCUCUGGGAGCGAUACGUGCGACGACGAAGCGAGGUCUGCGAAGAGAAUGGCGGUAGUUCUGGGGAGAGGAUGCUGUUCCAUGGAUCACCCUUUAUCAACGCGAUAGUACAGAAGGGCUUUGAUGAGCGACACGCGUAUAUAGGCGGUAUGUUCGGCGCGGGCAUAUACUUCGCGGAACAUUCGUCGAAGAGCAACCAGUACGUAUACGGGUUCGGAGGCGGGUCCGGGUGUAUAGCGCACAAGGAUAGGAGCUGCUAUUUGUGUCAUAGACAAAUGCUCCUCUGUCGAGUGACUCUCGGCAGGGCCUUCCAACUGUCGAGCGCAAUGAAGAUGGCGCACGCCCCGCCGGGCCACCACAGCGUGGCCGGAGCGCCGACCAGCGGGGGGCUCUGCUACCCGGAGCACGUGGUCUACCGCGGGGAACAGGCGUACCCUGAAUACCUGAUCACGUAUCAAAUCGUUUGCGAAGAAGAUACGGUUGGUGACGUUUAGUGUGACGUCACACGACAUGGACUCGAAAAGAUACAACCAAUCGGUUCACAGCCACAGAUUAUAUAGACUAGAUGGUGAAAUUUGUGUAA